AUGUUAGAAAAUAAAUCCACCCCAAAAACUGAGUUAGACCUUGAAUUUCAACCGACGUUAAUAGAGGAUACAAAUAUAAUAUCCACAAAAAAUAUCAAUGAUAAGGAAGCUCAAACAGUUGAAAAUGAUAGCAUAUUACAUGGAGUUGAAUUAUUUUUGGUUACUUUUGGUUUAUGUUGUGCUGUAUUUUUAGCCGCAUUAGAUCAAACAAUCGUUUCUACCGCUUUACCUGCAAUAAUUUCCGAUUUUAAUGGGUUGAGUCAAAUAGCAUGG